AUGGCUCUCUUCACUUCCCUGCUUGCCUACACUCUUGUGGCCCAGAUCGGGGCCUUUGACUUGGGCCAGUCCACCCGCUGUGUGUCCAUACCUCACCAGCUGAGUGUGUGCCAUGAUGUGGGCUAUUCAGAGAUGCGACUGCCCAACUUCCUGGGCGACAGCAGCCUGGAGAGUGAGGUGGUACCACGCUUUAAUGACUGGCGUUCCCUGCUGCAAACAGGGUGCCACCCUCAGGCCCAGACCUUAAUCUGCUCCCUUAUCGCUCCUGUCUGCCUAGACACGUUCAUCCAGCCUUGCCGAAGUCUGUGUCUGGCUGUGAGGGAAAGCUGUGCCCCAGUCUUGGCCUGCCAUGGCCAAUCAUGGCCUGAUGAACUGGACUGUGAUCGUUUCCCUGCUCAGGACGACAUGUGCCUCACAUCACUGCCCAAGCAUUACAGCAGGUUCUCUAAAGAUCUACCACAGCCUGUGUGCCAGAUGUGUCCUCCAGUAGAUGAGCUUCCUUCUCUGAAGACGGUGAUGGAUGCUCUUUGUUUCACUGACUUUGCAUUUAAAGCCAAACUGUUUCGCCGCCGUGUGGCCUCUUCGGAGCCUGAAUUCGAAGUGGAUGGAAAGGUGGAGUUCAUCCAGCGUGGCCCGCUGCUGCCGUAUGACACCACCAACCUGCUGCAACAAUGGCUGCUGCUGAACCUGCGCUGUGCGCAUGCGCUGGUGAAGCCCGGGCGUGCGCAGCUCUACCUGAUCACAGGCACGGUGCAGUCCGACGGCACUGUGCAGCUCGCGCACCUCUUCCCCUGGCUAAAGAAGGACCUGCACAUAGCCGCCGCUACCCGCAAGUGGAAGCACCACAAGUGCUGA